AUGUUAUGUUCUAAAUACUUGAAAUUGCAUAGAGUUAAUCAAGAGUGCUUUUAGUCAUAAAGAUAUGGAACCAGCCAAUGGCCACAGAUACAGGAAUUGUUAAAAUUACAAAUUUUGGAUUUGCUGAAAAUGUUGAAAAUUAUAUAUCCCAAUUACUUAAAUCUUGUGUUGGAAGUCUCUAGUAUAUGGUACUUCAAGUAUUCGAAAGAUAGCAUUACAGUACUAAUUGUGAUGUUUGGUUGCUUGGAGAUAUUUUAUGAAAUGUUACACUUAGAUGUAUGUGGGAUUAAUAUCUUUUUUUCCAUCUAUAACACCUUAGAAGAUUGGGGGAGAUGUAGAAGAUCUUUUCCACAACAUCAAAACUUAACCAUUACAAUUCAAAAUGAUCUCAAUACGUUUUCAAUAAAUUUCUUACCAUGGUAAAUAAUAUUCUAUCUACUAUAGAUUCUUGUAAUGGAAGAAGAGAAUAGAGCUUUAUGGAAUCAAAUUUUUGACCACUCCAAUAAUACUGAAAUGUAAAAAGCAAUCUCUGCUGAAGAUAUAACCAAAAAGUGCAGUUGUUUAUCAAUAUUCAACGAAAAAAGCAUAUAAAAAUUACCAACUUGGAUUCAAAGAGCUGACAUUUAAUAAAGAUAAACCAAAGCUAGUUGAGUAUAAAUUACAAAAAAAAGAAGAAUCUAGAUAUGCAGAAAAAUUGGUUGAAAAUAAUGAUCAAUUAUUUUGA